GUUAAAUUCACUCCAAUGUAGCUCUUUAACGUAACAUGACAGCCGAACUAGCGCGCGGUGGGCAUGUGUCAUCCGCUCAUCACACACACACACACACACACACACACACACUGAGAGAAGAGCAGCAGCAACAGCAGGAGUCUGUUGUGGAAGAAGCUGUCAGAUGAAGAUCUCGUCUGGGAUUUUGCUGUUGUAAUAUUAAUGGACAUCUCUGAUUUACAACAUCCCAUUUGAUCCCUUUAUAUCUGAACCACUCCCAGCAGCCCGUUAUCCUCUAAAGCAAAUCAGGCAUAGAGAUGUCUCUCUGUAAAGAACUUUAAGUCGAACUAACAGAUAUGCUUUAAGACAUCCCACAUCCUUUGCGUUACAAAGAACCAACACAAGGUCACAUUAUAAAAUAGACUUCCUACAUGGGAGAGUCCUGCUUCAAUCAAACUGAGGCCUUUAAAGAUCACCCGGUUGACACUGCUGUCUCCCAUCUCCGGCUGACCCUCCGCACUCAACUUUCUGUCAGGAUGAGUGACUCACAGGAAGCGACGUCCCCAGUGGCAGGCAUAGGAGGCCCUGCCGCUUGCGUAUCCAAGGUGGAGCUGCGUGUUUCCUGCAGGUCCCUGCUGGACCGAGAUACGCUCAAUAAGUCUGACCCCUGCGUCAUGCUCAUGGUACAGAACCAAGGUCAAUGGACUGAACUGGACCGUACUGAGGUGAUCAAGAGUAACCUGAAUCCGGUCUUUGCCAAAGUCUUAAUGCUGGACUACUACUUUGAGGAAGUACAGAAACUGCGUUUUGAAGUCUACGACAUUCACGGGACUCACAGUAUUGGAACGCGAGACGACGACUUUCUGGGAGGUGUGGAGUGCACGCUUGGACAGAUAGUGGCCCAAAAAAAGAUGGUGAAACCUCUGUUGCUGAAAUAUGGAAAAUAUGCUGGAAAAUCCACUAUCACAAUUCACGCAGAAGAGAUUUCUGGGAACAAUGGCUAUGUGGAGCUUUCCUUCUGUGCCAAGAAGUUAGAUGAUAAGGAUCUCUUCAGCAAGUCAGAUCCAUUCUUGGAGAUUUACCGGAUCAAUGAUGAUGGGACAGAACAGCUUGUACACAGAACUGAAGUGAUUAAAAACAAUCUGAACCCUGUGUGGGAACCCUUUAAGGUGUCUCUCAUUUCUCUGUGCAGCUGUGAUGACGAAAGGAAGUUGAAGUGCUUAGUCUGGGACUAUGACUCGAGGGGAAAGCAUGAUUUCAUUGGCGAAUUCUACACUAAUUUCAAAGAAAUGCAGAAGAUAUCCUCAGGAAACAAGGUCACAUGGGACUGCAUCAAUCCAAAAUACAAACUGAAGAAGAAGAACUACAAGAACUCUGGGUUGGUUAUUCUCAGUGAUCUCAAGCUUCACAGAGUCUAUUCCUUCCUGGACUACAUCAUGGGAGGCUGCCAAAUACACUUCACAGUUGCCAUUGACUUCACGGCGUCCAAUGGGGACCCUCGCAAUAGCUGUUCCCUGCACUACAUCAACCCAUAUCAGCCAAAUGAGUAUUUGAAAGCUUUGAUAGCCGUGGGGGAGAUCUGCCAGGAUUAUGACAGUGACAAACGAUUCUCUGCUUUGGGCUUCGGGGCAAGAAUUCCACCAAAUUAUGAGGUGUCUCAUGACUUUGCCAUAAAUUUCAACCCGGAGGAUGAUGAAUGUGAAGAGAUCCAGGGGGUCGUGGAAGCCUACCAAAACUGCCUGCCCAAGAUCCAGCUCUACGGUCCCACUAAUGUGGCUCCUAUCAUCAGCAGAAUAGCUAAGCUGGCGGCUGGGAAAGAACCCAUCAAAGAUGCUUCUCUGUAUCAUAUCCUGCUGAUCCUCACAGACGGGGUGGUAACAGACAUGGCCGAUACACGGGAGGCCAUAGUUCGGGCCUCCUACCAGCCAAUGUCCAUCAUUAUAGUGGGAGUGGGAAACGCAGACUUCACGGACAUGGAGAUCCUUGAUGGGGAUGAUGGAGUCCUGCGCUCACCCAAAGGAGAACCCGUCUUGAGGGACAUUGUCCAGUUUGUGCCCUUCAGAGACUUUAAAACGGCUUCACCAGCUGCACUGGCAAAGUGUGUCCUAGCGGAGGUGCCUAAACAGGUUGUGGAGUACUUCAGUCACAAGGCCAUACCACCAAUAAACCCAGUGCUGAAUUCAACCCCCAACUCCAUCGCCAACACACCUGAAUAACACUCAGCCUGAGGUCCGGUCCAGCCCUGUACACCUCCACAGUACUGAAACAGAUCAGAGCUGGGACAGGGCUGCUCUGCCACAAAAUACAGUAUAAACUGUCAUCCUGACUACAUUUUGUUCAUUCAAAAGCUGUUCAAACAUGACUGACGGUUUGGAUGAUGGUCUCCGAUCUUGCCCUUGACACCAUCACUGCUCUCCCAGCAUGCAAACUGGAGUCCUUUUCCCCUCUGCUUCGCGUAAGAGCAGACAAUACAUUGAAUUUCCACCAGGACCAGGCCUUCUGAUCCCUGCUGACUCUUUUCAACUUCACAAGGCCACUCCUGCUUUCUGCUGUUUUGUAUGCCUUUCAGAGCUUUCGAAGACUUUGCUCUGCCUGCCUGCGGACUCUUUUCAUUUCUGGACUUCUGGAGAACUGAAACAGAUAUGUCAAGAAACGUACAGUUCAGUGUAAAAUGAAGACUUAAUCUAUAGAUAAUAGCAUGUACUGUACAUUCACUAAAAGAGUUUGCUUUGGUUUUGCUGCACAAAUAUGCAUAGUUAAUUGCUAAAAUCCUCAUUUUGGUGUAAAGAUAAUGGGUGUGUGAGAAUGGUCAUCAACUGACUAGUCAAUUAGUCAAGAUGAGUAGUUUUAAAUAUUUUAGCGGUGGUGCUUGAAUUAGCAUGCUGACAGGGCGCUGUUUGACAGUUUGCACGAUAAAACCCUCUUAGAUAAGCUGUGUCUUCAAGUCCAACGCCUUUAAGACACCGGCAACACAGCCAGUCACAUGCGGACAGGUCAUUGGUUGAUGUUUCAUGAUGUUUUUUAAGCAUCUUGUGCCAUGAGCAUUAUUAAGGUGGCAAAUCAAAAUGAGUUGUUUACUGAAAAAUACCUUUUAAAACUGUCUUGAGAAUCUUGCAGUCAGUUUCAUUCUGUUGUGUCUAGCAUGAAUGUGUCUUAUGUCAACACCUGCUAACAAACAUGUCUGAUUAGUGAACAUGAAAUUAGCCAACAGAAAACAGAAAUUAAAUAGGACUUAUUUAAGAAAUAUUAGUUGACUAGUCUGAAGGUUGCUUGAGAAAAAUGUGAAAUCUUUCACAUUCUGUCUACAAAUCUGUGCAAAUGCACUGAUUCAAAUGAUUUUAUCCCUGUUUAAAUGAUUUGUGGAAACACUUGAACAUUGCCAAGAGGAAAAAAUGCCACAGGGACUUUGUCAAUUACGAGAGAAGUGCACAAAUCUCUAAUCUUAUUAAAAAGAUAAAGUGUGUAUUUUCUGUGCCUAGAGAAGAACCAAAAUGAUUUCUUAAUACUGUAAUUCUGCUGUUUUCAAAUUGUUUUAAAUACACUCUCCCCUCAUCUGUCAUUAGUGGGCCAAACAAAUAGUCCCAUCCCAACCUCACUCCACCUAUGUUUGGCAUGUCUACCCUUGUGAAAAAGACAGUAUUGACAACGCUUUUAAUGUUUUUUAAAAACUGUACUUGUAAAAAUUAUACUUAAAGAGAGCAAACUUUCAUGAUUGUUGGUUAACACUUUUAAAAAGUUAACUUUGUAAUAAGUUUUUCUUUAAAGUACAUUUUAAUCAUUAUGUUUUAAUAAUCUUUUGUCAUGUUUUAAAAAAGUACACUUAUUUUAAUAUGUUGACAAACAUACUAGCACAUAAAAAGUAUGAUAUACAUGCUUCGAUAUAAAUUUAAUUAAAGUAUAAUUUAGUUAAUUUAAUUAUAAUUAUGGAAUUAUAUAUACAAAUGUACUUAAGUUGUAUUUAAGUGGGUCAAAUACACACUUAAUUCCAACUAAUUGCAUUUAAUAUAAAUUUCAACUGUAAUACAUUUUUCAUUUAAUUGUAAGUAAUAUGCAGUUAAGUGUCUCAAAACAUGAUGUUCAGGUUUGUAUUAUUUCUGCAAUAAAUUCUCUUUUUAGUAUCCUAAACUGUACUCCUUUUUCACAAGGUUAGACACACUAUAUGCAAUAAAACAAAGCAUUUUAACAUUAAAGCACAUUUCAGCCUUAAAUCAAGAAGUUUUAAUUAGAAAUUUAACUAUUCUAAUGUUUGUGUGGCACGCCCUCUAUUUAUGGCAAUGGGAAUAAGAUACAGACAUUUAAUUUAUUGGUGCAUAAUUCUGCAGUAUAAACAGGGUGUUGCAUCAAGCAACAAACAAUAUAGCCAUGUCAAAUAUGAAUGACUGCAUAGUUCUACAUGCAUGGCCUCAAAUACUAACACUGUGCAUGUAAAAACAAACAAACACUGAUGACUAUAUUUACAUAUUACACCAGGGAUUAAUUGGAAGAACAACGAUAACUUCUAAUACCGAUUUUCCUAAUUCACUAUUGCUUAGCAUUAAAAUACCCGGCCUCUUAUUAAACUGUCAACUGAAUUGCAACCUUUCAUACAACCGGACAGAAAUUGUCUCCAUGUUAUCCAGCAUUAUGCAUCAGUUUGUCACAAAAUCGUGACAGGCAUAUGAUGAUGUAUUGCAUCUUGACUUGAGAUUUUAAAAGAAAAUGUUUAUACAAUGUAUAUUUCUAUUUAAAGUGCAAAUCAAUAUUUUCGAGUUAUCCAUUAACACAGGGUUUAUAUACGGGCAUUUUGGGCAUGGAAUCGUCUUGCUCUUAAGAUUAUAGCAUAGCCUUAAGUAGAAACUGAAAAAUUCACAUCCCAUAAUGUGCUUAGUACACAUCUAUGCAAGAGCACAAACGAAAGAGCCUGUACUCUUGCAGUCUCCUUCUUUCUGCCUACAGUAUUCUGAAGCGCAGAGCAAACAUGCCCAUAUGGCACGACAUUCUCAAUCCAUUGUGAUAUGGUUAUGUAAAUGAAGGUUGCCUGAUCUUAACAAGUUGCUGAUUCUGAAAUGGCUUAUGAACUGUACAUGUAGCCCGUUAAAAUUUCCGCAGUGGGCUUGCACAAUGCUUUUUAUUAAUAAUUCUUUCUUUUCUUUGCUUGUCAUUUUAAUCCAUUUCCAAUUGGACUUUUGCAUGUUCAGUGAAUUCGGGAGAAGUUUGCUUCCUCUUAUUUGGAGGUGCUAUUCUGCCACAUACUAGCUCAAGGAGAGGAGAAUAUUGAGCAUGAGUUUCCUUGGACUAUUCUUUUGGAAUAUGGGUCAUCAUCCGGCAGGUAUUUUCUUGCAGCCUGAGGUCAAUGCAGAUAUAUUCAAACAGGCCUCAGAGUUGUUAGGCAACAUUUUAAGUCUUCUUGCAGAUGGUCAGCUACAUCUUAAAGCAUUAUAUCAAAGAAACGAUUGGCAGAUAAUGCUAUCCAACUAUAAAUGUUCAUAAAAUUGGUAUUGUUCUCACUGUCUAAGCCACUGGAUUGCAGGGAGCAAAAGGACUCAUUUGAACAUAUUUUGUCUCAUCUAUGCUUUAACAAUGUGCUUUGAUUUGAGCCAGUGACAUUACUGGAAGUAUCUCUCAAAAGCUGUGAUUUACUGCAUGCACUCCUCUGUGUUGAAAUGAACCUGUCUGAUUUCUGAUUUCAGUGUUAUUUUGUUGGAAGCGAGUUGCGCCAGCUCGUUUCCUGUAGACUAGAUUCGUAAUCUUGCAUCAAGGCUAAUAAAUCUUUUAAUAAUUUGA